CGGGACUUGGGCGCGACGACGACAACGAGCUCCUCCCGCCUCGCUCGCAAGCCAUGCUGUCCCGUGCUGCAGUCCAGUCCGCAAGAGCUCCGCUCGGCGCCAUCGCCUCGACUUCUCGCGCGACGGCCACCCUCACCUCGCCAGCACCGGCACCGUCCAGCCAACCCUCGCACGCCCGCCCCUUCUCGUCGUCCGCACCCGCCGAGGAAUCCAAAGCCCGCCGCAAGACGCGCCUCGUCCGCAAGGCCAACCUCGAGAAGAAGGUCCAGCUCGUGCGACACAACGACCAGGCCCGCCCCGACCCCGUACAUGGCUACCGCAAGGGCAACGACGACCUGUGGAACAAGUCGCUCCUGAACCGCAUCCUCCUCCGCCGCGACGACGUGUGGGGCGACGUCGUCCAGGUCGACGGCAACUCGUCGUCCCCCUCUUCUUCCUCGUCGGCUGUCGUCAACGAGCAGGGCCAGAGCAGCAGCGGCGGCAGCAGCUCGGGCGACGGCACCCCGACGCGCUACACGCCCAAGCUGUUCAACUUUGGCCUCGACGCCGCCACGGCCGAGCAGCUGUCGUCGGUCCUCCCGGCAACCUCGGCCCUGCGCGCCACGCUCGGCGACGGCGAGGGCGGCGCGCCAUCGAGCGUCGACGCCGUCGUCCUCGAGCGGUUUGAGCGCGCGACCGACGCCGAGGAGCGCAAGCGCGACGCCCUCAUGCGCAUCGUCGACCUGCGCAACGCCGACUCGAAGGGGAUCGAGGUCGAAAACACGCGCAGGAUCGCAGCCACCUUUGGCCGCACCCCGGGCGACACGGCGUCCCCCGAGGUCCAGGCCGCCAUCCUCACGAUGCGCAUCCGGUCCCUCUCGUCGCACCUCGUCUCGUCCCCUCGCGACGUCCAGAACCGCCAGGCGCUGCGCCUCCUCGUCGCGCGCCGCGCCAAAGUCCUCAAGUACCUGCGCGCCGUCAGCGUCGCCCGGUACGAGGAGUGCCUCGAGCAGAUUGGGGUCGAGCCGAGGGCCGUCGAGGGCGAGGUCGUCGUGAGCAAGCAGGAGCUGAGGACCAUGAUCCGUGGGGCGUAGAGCGCGUUGCGCGAGGGCGGUGGAACGAUGAGCAACAAGCACGUCUCUCUCUCUCU